AGACACGGAAGUUUUAAAGUAAACUAUUUCUUUAUAGAGUAGAAAUGACAUAGUGGGAAAUAUCAUUGAGUCAUUGCAAGGUUAUUCAUACAACGAGCGUUAAGAUUCUGUAAAAAUGUUUGGGUUUGUCGUUAUUUAUUGCAAAAAUAACAUUGAAUAUUGAACUAAGUAGAUGGCGUUUAAUAACCUGGAUCUCAAGUAAUUCUGUUCCCGAAAUGCAGCGAAACGAUUCGAGGAAAAAAACGACAAAUCAGAACAGUUUGAUUCCCAUUGAUGGUAAACCACAAUAUACAUGCAAUCAACCAAAAUACAAAACGUUAGAAGUAGAGUAUCAAUCACACUCUAGCCAAGAAAUAACUAUUGGUGGAACAAAAGAGAGUAGUGUAAAUACUCCAGCUGCACAAGCUAAUUCCAAUCUCAAAAUGCCACGAAAGAAUUCGAGGAAAAAAACGAAACCUCAAAACCGAUCGAUACCUGUUGACAGUAAACUACAAAAUAAAUGUAGCUCGUCGAAAAUAACAAAUUUAGAAUUUGAUUCUACAACACAUUCAAGUCCAGAGUUAACUACCGAUGGAACAAAACAGUGUAGUGUAAAUACUCCAGUCGCACAAGGUGAUACAUUACACAUAAUAGAGCAAGCUGCUCAAUCUGGCUCACCUAAAGAAAUGCUUGAAUGUUUUAAUCAACUGAUACACACUGAGAACAAAGUUAACCAAGAAAGUUUGGACCAAGGUCUUCUUUUGUCUUGUAGGUAUGGUAGAGAGUUUUUGGUUCAGAUUCUGAUAUUUCAUGGUGCUAAUAUUGAGACAAGAGACGAAGAUGGCAACACACCACUUUUGAUAUGUGCUGAGAAAGGUUUCACUGACAUAGCUCUGUUACUGGUUGAUAAAGGCGCUGAUAUCAACAGUUACAAUAAAGACGGUGACACGGCACUUUUACUUUCUAUCAAAACAUCCGGGUCUUCUCAUCUGAUAAAAACACUUUUGGAAAAAAAUUAUUUAAAUGUCAGACAUAAAAAUAAACAUAAACAUGACGCUUUGAUGAAAACCAUCGAAGUCCUAAACUUUCCAUUUUUUAAAAAGCUGCUAGCACAUUUAUCGAAUACAGGUAGAUAUACACUAAAAUAUUAUGCUAAAAGUGAACCCAGCUUUACAGAAAUUGUUGAUAGCUUAGGUUUAUCAUCAUUUUUAUCAAUUUUAAUCCAGUAUUCGGAUAUUGACAAAUCAAUCCUGAAAACAGCUGUUUUAAUUAAAGAUAUUUACACAAUAAAGCUUCUCUUAUAUUCUCAAGUUGUUGAUUUUAGGAGCAACCACAGAGAAGUCAACAUUUCUGUUUUGCCAGAAUUCCUCAACUUUAUUCAGCAUAGUGGUCAAGAAAUAACUAAACAAGAUUUGAAUAUUAUUAAAACAUUAUUAAAAGCUGGAGCCCCACUGAACUCUGAUUACAGAGGAAAUGAGCACCCAUUGGUAACAGCAGUAAAACUUGGCUGCUAUGAUUUAGUGGAAAUGUUGUGUCAACAUACACAUGAAAACUUUUGUUGUUAUAGACAGUACACUCCCUUAGCUUUAGCGGCACAGAUGGGACGAUGUGACAUUAUGAAUUUGUUAAUUAAAUACGGUAAAGGUGAGCUAGAUAAAAGUUUAGCACUAAAAUCUUCUGUUAAGCAUGAACAAAUUGAAAGCGCAAAGUUACUGGUCGAAAUCGGAGCUACUAUUCAUUGCGGGGAAGCCCUCGAUGACAUUAUAAUAAACAACAGAGUAAAAUCUUUUUUGUUUUUAAAAGAACAUUUCAAGUAUGAUGUAAUCUCUGCGAUAAAAAACAAAGGGACACAGUUUCUGAACCUCGCAGCAAGUAAAGGACAUAAAGAGAUAAUCAAACUACUGGUAGAAGAAGGAGCAGAUCUUAAUGCAAGUUACAACUACAAAACACCGCUAAUGUCUGCGGUUGACCCCUCUACUAUGGAGCUAUUGAUUAAAAGCGGUGCAGAUGUAAAUGCAAAGGUAGAGAAAUACAGCGCUUCAUUUACAAUUUUUGAUUGUAUUUUAAAUGAACACAAAGAAGGAAAAAUGCGUGUUAAAUUAGUAAACAUGGUAAAAGUACUCAUAAACCAUGGCUUUAAAGUAAAUGUCCAAGACAAAAAAGGCAACACUCCAUUAAUGAAAGCUUCACAGAAAUCGAAUAUGGAAAAAGUGUUACGCUCUCUGCUACAAGCUGGGGCAGAUGUAAAUAAUCAAAAUAACGAUGGUGAAAGUGCACUACAUUUAGCUGUUUGUUGCAAAUCUAUACUUAAUGCGAAAGUUCUUUUAGAAUCUAAAUCAGACAUUGAUUUAAAAACUAAAGACGGAAAGACACCUCUGUUUUAUGCAAUAUUGGAACGAUAUUUAAACAUGAUAAUUUUGUUAGUAGAAAACAAUGCGAAUGUGAAUUGUGAGAAUAAUAUUGGCAAUACACCUUUGCUUUUCUUAUGUUCUGAUUAUGUUAAUGACGUUGAUGUUAUAAAGAUGUUAAUUAACUAUGGUGCGUGUGUCAAUCAUCACAAUAAUAAAGGGUACACACCGCUGAUGGUUGCUGCUAAGAAACAAUCUUUUGAUAUCUUAAAAAUCCUGUGCGAAUCAGGUGCCGAGAUCAAUUCCGUUAACGAAAAGGAAAAGGAAACUGCUCUUUCUAUACUACUCGACAUGCCUUAUAAUAGAAAUAUUGUUCUUUACCUGAUAGCAAAAGGGGCAGAUUGCUCAUGUGUGAGCCCCGCUAUUAUUCAUCAAUUAAUUGUUAAGAAAGAGUUCAGCAGUUUGAAGCAUAUCAUAGCGUUAGGUUUAGGACCUGCAGAGAUAACUCCUGAAAGUUUUGACCCUGGAGCUUACGAUAAUACCUCCAAGCCUAAACUAGCGUCACCAUUUGUGGUAUCUCUAAGCAAAGGAUAUGUAAAAACUGCACGAUUUUUAAACGACAUUUGGUUUUUAACACUGUCUGACGUUUCAAAUAAUGCCUUCUAUAAACAAUUUAGGAGCUUACUUGUAGAAAAUGAACUCAUUGAACGUUUGGAGUUUCUAGACGAGUACCUAUACCAGCCCAUGUCUCUACAGAAACUCAGCUUUGUUGUCGUGUCGUCUGCUGUAGGUUCUGAUGCUGGGAGAAAAGAACGGGUGGCAAAACUUCAAAUUCCAAAAAUGUUACAGGACAAGCUAGUAUUUCUAAACGCCACAAAGCUGGAAGCUGAAUUGGAGGAAGACAGAAUUUCAACAUCUGAUGGCUUAGUCACAGAUCAAGUUUUAAACGCUGGUGUACACAGACGCCGCCAUUUCUACAGUGACAAUCAAGAUUAUUAUUCGUCUGAUGAUAAUGGCUAUGACAACACGGACUAUGACUCUGAUUAUUAACAAAUUAUUUUAAUGUCUUAUUUUUUUUAUAAAAGGAGUAGGCCCUAUGUCGUUAUUAGAAUUAAGAGCAGAAAAAAAAUAUUCAGUGAAACUGAUUAUGAAAGAAUGUACUUUAAAUUAAAAUAAAAAUGUAUUUUGAAGCUCUGUUUUAUAACUUAGUACAGUCUCAUAAAGUUACAAACAUCAAUAGAUGCAAUAGUUUGAAAACAAGCAAAAAAUAUGACUCGACACAAAUUGAACGUACAAAAAUCAAGCCAAAAACUGCUGUGGAUAAGAAAGAACGUCUAGUGGUUAGCAUAGGUUGCAGCCUCAGGUUUCUAAACAGUUUCAAGGCAAUGAAAUAUUGAAUGUUUCACUUUCUCUAAUAAGGAAUAUAGUAAAGUAUUGUAAUCGUGCUAAGUUAAAAAUCGAGAGUAUGCAUCCUUCUGAGUAAAAUGCAAAUUAACACAUUUUACCAUCUUGUGAGUCAGUGUGCCUAUGUGUAUGUGUCUUGUAUUCCGUCCGUUAGACCCUCUGAUCUGUAAGCGAUAACUUGAGUAUUGUCUCAGGUGGUUGAACUCUGAUUUAGAAGUAUAAACACAAAUAAACGAGACGGGCUAUGGGAGUUCGCUCCGGUUGUAUUGUUAUUAGAAUGAGUAAUUUGUAUUAAAUGCAUUUAAAUAUAAU